AUGUCUGAGGAAGAAACCAAGCCUGUAGUUGAGGAAACCGAGAAGGCUCCAGAAACCACUGAAAAGGUUGAGGCCACUGAAGCCGCCGAGGCUCCCAAGGAGGAGAAAUCUGAAGAAACUGAGGCGUCUGACAAGAAGAGAGAGCACGAUGGAAAGGACAAGAAGAAGAAGAGAAGAAGAAGAAACUACGACGACGAGCCCCCUAAGGAGGAGGCCAAGUCCGAAGACGAAGAUGACGAGAAGGACGUCGAGGGCGACGAUGCUGAAGAGGAGAAUGCCGAAGAUGAGGAAGAGGACUUGUUGGAGAUUGACGAGUCCAACAUCAUCACCGGGGGCCGCAGGACCAGAGGUAAGGUGAUUGACUACCAAAAGGCCGCUGAGGAGAACGACAUUCCCGAGGAUGACGAGGAAGAUGGAGAGUUCGAGGUCAAGGAAGAGGAAGUCAAGGAAGAGGCAUAA